AUGAAAACUGAUGUUUGCCUGUUGUUGGCGGCUACUCUGGCCCCCAUCGUUGGUGGUUCCUCUUCUGGUCUCAUUGUCCACCUCGAUUAUUCGUCUUAUCAGGGAUAUCAUGAGGCCUCUACCGGGUUGAAUAUCUGGAAGGGCAUUCGGUAUGCAUCGCCUCCUGUCGGGCAGCUGCGAUGGCAGCCUCCACGGCCUCCAGUCAAGAAUAACAGUCAUAUCAUCCCUGCCGUAGACCCACCUCCUAUGUGUCCCCAAUCGGGUGCUGCAGGUACUCCUGCCAUCUACGGUUUCAACUCGGGACCUGGGGACGAGGAUUGUCUGUUCUUGAAUGUCUAUGCGCCCCCUGGUGCAUCCAAUCUACCUGUGUUCGUUUGGAUCCACGGUGGCGGCUAUGGGCUGUUUGGCGCUGUGUAUGACCCCAGCCCGCUCAUGAAUACCAACAACAAUGGAUUUAUCACUGUGGAAAUUCAAUACCGUUUGGGCGCAUUUGGGUUUCUUUCAUCUGCCGAGGUUCACAAACAAGGCGCUCUCAACGCUGGCCUUCUCGACCAGAGAUUUGCCCUGGAAUGGGUGCAGCGGUACAUCAGCAGGUUUGGUGGCGACCCCAAACGAGUCACCAUUGGCGGCGAAUCGGCGGGUGCAGGUGCGGUAAUGCUGCAGUCACUGGCGUAUGGAGGAGCGGAAUCGAAUCUGUUCCAGAAUAUUAUCGCGGCGAGCCCAUAUUCGCCCCCCAUCUAUCCCUAUAAUGACUCCAUUCCCACUGUGUACUACGAGCAGUUUGCAAAAGAGGCCGGGUGUGGCCGAUCAGCAUCUGCCAGAUCCAAGCACAAGACGACUUUUGACUGCCUAGUUGCCGCGCCUAGUGAGACACUGCAAACUGCCAGCGGGGCUGUCUCCGCGUCUGGAAUCUUUGGUACCUUCGCCUUUCUCCCCGUUGUGGAUGGUGAUAUGAUCCGUGCGCGACCAUCGGUGCAGUUACUGACAGGACAAAUCAGCGGUCGGCGUAUCCUUGUCGGGAAUAACGCCAAUGAUGGAGUCCCUCUCAGCAACCCCAACAUAGUCACUCGUGCUGCGUUUGACGACUAUAUCUCCAAGACAUUCCCCCGACUGACAGCGAAGCACGUAACACGGCUGAACGUUCUCUAUGGUACGGCGGACUCACAGGCAAACGACGACGGACCUCGCUUUGAUACCCUAGGCACCUCCGGUCCGACUGCGAAUAAUCAGUCCGAAAUCGCUACGGGGUUGCAACAGACAGUCUUCAAUAUCUACGGCGAAACCACAUUUGACUGUCCGGCACAGUGGCUGGUCGAGGCCUUUGGCGGCACUUCACGCCAGGCAUGGAAGUACCAGUACUCGGUCACGCCGGCAUAUCAUGGUGCCGAUCUCAACUCCUAUUUCAAUAUGGGGGCCUCCUGGCCCAAUGCUGGAUUCAAUCACGCUUUCCAGAAGAUGUGGGGUAACUUCAUCAUGAAUGAUAGUCCGGUCAUUCCUCUUGGCGACGCGACGGCCAACAACAGCCAAGCCGUCGUUCCUGUCGGACGAGAUGGUCAUCUGCACUGGCCGCGUUUUCGUCCAACAUCUCCCUGGCAGAUGGACCUCAACACCACGGGAGGCAGCGUGAGUGAGGUUGUGGUCACACCAAACUUGACCUACUACGUCCGGGAGGGAGACGACAUCGUCAAUCACUUCCGGUUGGCCAAUGCAUACUCCUGGGAAGGGGGCCGUGGACUUCGCUGCGCAUUCUGGAGGGCUGUUGCAGACCGGAUUGCUGUAUGA